AUCAUCUUCCAUGACAUUUCCCACGUGGAAAAGCAACGUUCUUAUGGGUUUAUGAGAGAAGCGUCCGUGCAGAUUGCGGCACGGCCUCGUAUUUUGAUCUAGCGACUGUCUUUUUUGGCCUUUUCUGCUCCUUUUUGUUUUUUUUGGUGGUCGAUUUGUUGGCGGUAUCUCGAUUGCGCUACAAGCUCACCUGGCUUUGGCUUUGGACGAGCUUCAUUCAGUUGACAGAGUUUGGGGUUGGCGUCAAUCCUGAUCAAUCUUCAGAGCCUCUUGCGCUCCCAUGGCGGCGACGACACCUUCAAGCAAUCGCUUCCAUAACGUCUAUCCUUCGACACCAUCUUCCGAGAAGCGGAGGCUUAAGGGACUUUGGCAACGGAACGAGUGGUGGUGCAAUUGUGACCCACGCGCAAAGGCCGUCCCGCGCACCGUCACAGCAGACACUUCCAACUUGGGUAAAUCGUUCUGGGCUUGCCCUCUUCGUGGUUCGCACGGGUGCGGUUUUUUUCUUUGGUUCGAAGAGGCGAAGCUGCGAGAAAUUAGUCUUUUUGGUGACCGGUCGGGUGCUACCCCGUCGAAGCAGCCGUCCUUCACGCAGACCCGCCUCACAGACAUUGGGUUCGAGAUUCUGGGAAGAGACAGACGGCGGAGCGAUCCCGGGAACUUGUUGACCGGAGAGAUGGAUGACGAAGGAGAGGAUGCGAAGCCUCCUCAGCAAGUGAGCUCGUCACAGCCAGAGGCGGAGACGGCAUCAGACAAGGGCAAGGGCAAGGGCAAAGCAGUUGACACUGGCUCUGCUGGCUAUGAGCCUCUUACUCCUGGCCCUAGCACUGGUGCCAAGCGCAAAUAUGAUGUUUUUGCAGAAGACGACUUUGACGAUCUGGGCUCGGAUGAAGAGCGGCAGCUUGCCGACAUGACGGAUAAGAGCGUCGAGAAGUUUAUCCGCUCGCAGGCCUACGACGACCUCAAGGCAGCUGAUGGCCACGAUGACGUUCUCGCCUCUUCUUCACGGCCAGUCGCCCGCACUCUCUUCCCCCAGGCACAGAGCUCGAAGCGCUCCAAAUCUGUGUCCUUUGAAGAGCCAGAGGCGUUCCCUCCUACGCCGACCAAGAGCAAAGAUGCUCAAUCCUCGCCAACCAAUACGCAGCAGACCACUCCUCCCAGCAGCAUGGAUCCUCCUCCUCCAACUGUCCCUUCGUCGGCAAUGACGGCAACUCAGCUGAAUGACGACGACGAGAGGGAGGACAGCGACGAUGUUACCGAGCAAAUCAUGGGUCUUCUCCAAACGCAAUCAAUCAAGCCGUCCGUCCUCGAAUCCGUUCGCAACAUUCUCGCCACGUCUACUCGACGGACCAGGGGCAUCGCCAUGGGCAGAGAUUCUGCUCGGGCAGCCCUUGACGAAAAGAAGGUUAAGAUUGUGAGGUUGCAAGAGCGCAUUGAGGUGCUCGAGAAUGAAAAGCAGUCUUUGAACGGCCAGAUUACGAAUAUCAAGGCCAGUUUAAUGAAGAUGUACGAGGACAAUUGACAUUGAUCCUCUUGUUUCCUUUGGGGAUUUCGGAGUUUCGGAGUUUCGGGUGUGCAUUUGGGCUUUUUGUGUCAAAUUAUCACAAUACCAUGUCAUGUCAGAUCCUUUCACGAUAUCUAGCGUUGGAAAUGAGCAAAUUCCCUUUUUUAUGCUUUCGAAUGGGAAGCAGUGUCUCCUUUCUAUUUUGUGCUUUGAGAUCAAGAGUGUCCCAGUCUGUUAUCAGUCCUGACUUCGUUCUCUUACACCAGCAUAUGAUUUCUACGACUACGAUUUCACGACUACGGAAGUUUCUUCCUGCAUGGCAUUAUCCUCCAUAGAGCGCAAGCCUGCCCAGGGCAUGUAAG